AUUUCCGUCUGUGUGUCUUUGACCUAGUUCAAUAAACUAGGUCAAACGUGUUGCUAGUCGUGUGUCACUGCCUUUCAGUUGACUAUGUCCAGCAAAGCAGGGAAAUCAUUUAAAGAUGACCACAUAUUUCACCAACUUCCACCUAGCGUCCAAGAUAAGAUCCCCAAAGACAUCGCCUCAUUAGGACUUGGCAACUUAGACACAGAUGUUCUUGGUGAAGCCUACUCGUACAAACUUCAGCAGUGCGCUUUGUUGCUGUACGACGGCAAGACAAGACAGUGUAGUGACUCCAGCAAUGCUCUAUUAAAUAUGGCCUGGGAGAUGCUUCAUACUGGACAUUGGAAAGAUGUUGACAUUAAUUGGAGGCAUUCAUAUACCUACUGCUCUUUAUUUAAAUGUUUGUGUGAGAUAUUAACACAUAUUGAAAGUACAUGUACAAGGACUGGAGAUGGGUUAACAGGAUCAUAUCAGACUGCCAUUAAUAUUUGCGAUAUGGGAUUGUUAAUGGGUGCCCCUGUAUUAGAUAAUAUACUUAGACGACUGGCCAGUGCUUUGACUGUAUUAGAGUCACAUAAUGUAGAAAAGAUGAACAAAACAGUCACGUGUGAAGAAGCAAAUGUUGAUGCCGAGGACAACACAAAAAAUCAUAAGAAGAUGAAACUGUAUAAAGAACCUGAUAUAAGUGAAGAGAACGCCAUAUUGAGAAUAAGCUGCCCUUCGCUUGAGUAUUUCAGUUCACAUCACAUGGAAACAGAAACUCCUGUGAUCGUAACAGAUGCCAUCGACUAUUGGCCAGCUUUCAAUGACCACAAGUGGACACUGGAUUACUUGAAAAAAGUAGCCGGUUGCAGAACUGUUCCAGUGGAAAUAGGAUCAAAAUACACAGAUGAGUCAUGGUCAGAGACUUUGAUAACUUUGCAAAAUUUUAUAGAAAACUUUAUCGAAAACCCCAGUAAAAAUUCUCAACAGAAUGGUGUAGGGUAUUUAGCCCAGCACCAGUUAUUCGAUCAAAUCCCAGAACUACAGAGGGAUAUCAGCAUUCCAACCUAUUGUUGUCUAAGUAACAGUAACCAAGGUGAUAGUAACCAGGGUGAUAGUAACCAGGAUGAUGAGGAAGAGGAUGGGAAUGAGGAUGUUGAUGUAAAUGCCUGGUUUGGACCAGCUGGGACGGUGUCUCCUCUCCACCAGGAUCCAAAACAUAACCUCCUGGCUCAGGUUGUGGGCCACAAGUACCUCAAGUUGUACUCAGUGGACGACACCCUGUAUUUGUAUCCUCAUGAAGGAAUGCUCAGCAAUACGAGUCGGGUCGAUGCUGAAAAUCCAGAUCUGGAGAAUUACCCCCUGGUCAGUCAGGCCACCCCCAUGGAAUGUGUGCUACACCCAGGGGAAAUGUUGUAUAUCCCUCCUAAGUGUUGGCAUUAUGUGAGGUCUCUUACAUUGAGCUUCUCUGUUAGUUUUUGGUGGAAAUGAUUUCAGUUUCUUUUUAAAUCUAAGUAAUUAUUUUUGAGUCACUUUAUGGUGAAGAUUCUGGAGAAUUCCAUUUGCAAUGGUUAAAACAGAAAUUUAGAUCUCAAAAAUGGGUUUAAAAUUUGUAAUUUUCUUAACACCUUUGAAUACAAUUAACUUUGAUGAUUAAGGCUUAUUUUUUAAUUUUAUUAUGUUAUUGCUAUUCUUAUUAUUCGCUCUGUAAGUGCCUGAUGUACAUUGUUUGCCUUUAAGGAGUGCCAAACUACAAUAGACAUUUCUAGAGCAGUUGGCAGCACAUUUUCAGACAAUUUUUAUUUUUAUAAGACAACAAGAAUUUUUUUUCUCUUUUUUUUUUUUGCGUUUGGUGUUCUAAAAUUUGCUCAUUUUCACUUGCAAUAUCAAAUCUUUUGAUAAUAAAUGGAAACAUAUAUUGAAA